GUGUUCUCGGCGCGUUCUAUAUCAUGAUAAAUACCCUCGUUGGCAUCUUGUGGAGAGUUCAGUGUUUUUGUGAACAAAUCCGAGGUUGUUCACCAGUCAUUCAUUCACACUCAACCCCACCGUCAUUGACCGAUAUCAUACAUUCAUUCCUUCUACACUCGCUCUUUACGACCAUUCUUUCACAGUCACUACGAACUUGCUAUGAAUUACCUUCUCUUUCCAACUAUUAUCCUGUCGGUCCUUACCGCGGUCACAGAAGCCAGGCCUACCAGACACUACACGCCUCGUCAGGCACCAGCACCCACCGAUGUAUGCGGAGCCGUAUGGUACAAUAAGCCAGUUCUCGGCCUGUACAAUGACCCAUACUUCGAUUCAGAACUAGUCACCAACGGGUGCUCAAACUUUCCAAUCAAGGUUGCAUUUGCUCGACACUCCGGUCUCCCUGGGGCCUGCAACAUCUGCGAAUUCUUCUCGAACAAUGACUGUGGCGGUGAUGUCGUACAAACGAUAUCCUCAGAGAAGAACCUAGACAUUGCGCAGGGCGUCGUUGUCCCACAAGCACAGAGUUACAAGUGCCGGAUUUCAUUGCAAGACGAAUAGCCAAAUUGCAACACUGUCUGAAUCCUAGUUCUGGCUGACCAAGUUAAAAAGCUUGUAUAACACUCAUUUUGUCUUCAAUUUUGUAUUCAUGUUUAUGUUCAUGAUUUUUGCGGGUAUUGGGUAUUGGAGGCAAAUGAGAUGAUACCCAGUUCUGGCCGAUAUUUUAUCCAGAGAGCUUUCACUGUGUUUCAGUACGUAUUGGAAUUACCACGAGGGGGCAUGGGGUUACAAUAAGCAAAAUACACUCGUUUCAACCU